AUGUUUGAUAGUAGAACUUCAGGGUAAUAAUUUUAAUAAUAUUAUUAUAGAUUUGUGAAGGUUGAUUUCUAUGCAUUUCUUAGAACAAAUUCAAGUUCAGAAUAUUUUAAUAGUUUUAUUGAAAUUUUAGAAGAUCAUUAUGUUUAGAAAAUAUUAGAAAAUAAAAAGUUAAAUAAAAAGUUAAAUAUUGAGAGAUAUAAGAGUUAUGCAAGAAGUAAUGAUCUUAGAGAAGUUAUUUUAGUUAUUUCGAUUAGAUAUAAAAAAAGUAGAUUAUGGAAAAAAAAACAUUGA